AGGCUGAAGUAGGAGUGGAGAGAGAAAGGGAGCAGGGCCUAGGGGGUCCUGGGGUGCAGGCUGGCCGCUGAGGGUUCACGAUCUUCCCUCACGCGGCAGGACAUCCUCGGAGGUUCCCAGAUCUGACACCCCGCACCUCCUGCGUGUCCUUGACAGCAGUUGCAGGAUGUCGAUGACAGACUUGCUCAACGCUGAGGACAUCAAGAAGGCGGUGGGAGCCUUUAGCGCCAUUGACUCCUUCGACCACAAAAAGUUCUUCCAAAUGGUCGGCCUGAAGAAAAAGAGUGCGGAUGAUGUGAAGAAGGUGUUUCAUAUCCUGGACAAGGACAAAAGUGGCUUCAUCGAGGAGGAUGAGCUGGGAUUCAUCCUAAAAGGCUUCUCCCCAGAUGCCAGAGACCUGUCUGCUAAAGAAACCAAGACGCUGAUGGCUGCCGGAGACAAAGAUGGGGACGGCAAAAUUGGGGUUGACGAAUUCUCCACUCUGGUGGCUGAAAGCUAAGAAGCACUGACCGCCCCAGGUCUUCCACCUCUCUGCCCUGAACACUCCAUCUCAGCCCCUCUUGCCACCCUCCUGCGUUUCUGUUCAGUUUGUUUGUGUUAUUUUUUACUCCACCCAUCCCCUGUGGCCCUCUAAUGACACCAUUCUUCUGGAAAAUGCUGGAGAAGCAAUAAAGGUUGUACCAGUCAGA